GGCGGGGCGAGGCAGGGGCAGCAGGAGGGCCACGCUCUGGCUGCUGGCACUGUGCAAAGGAGACCAUGUCCGGGGGCAGCAGCUGCAGCCAGACCCCAAGCCGGGCCAUCCCCGCCAAUCACCGGGUUGUCCUCAGCGACGGAGUGCAGCUGCCCCCCGGAGACUACAGCACCACCCCCGGCGGCACGCUCUUCAGCACCACCCCGGGAGGUACCAGGAUCAUCUACGACCGGAAGUUCCUGAUGGAGUGUCGGAAUUCACCUGUGACCAAAACACCCCCACGGGACCUGCCCACCAUUCCGGGGGUCACUAGCCCUGUAAGCGAUGAGCCCCCACCAGAAGCCAGCCAGAACCACCUGCAAAACAGCCCCGAAGAAAAGCCAGCAGGCGGUGAAGAGUCACAGUUUGAGAUGGACAUUUAAGGGACCAGCCAGCAGAUUGAGCAAUGCCUCUGGGCCCCGCUGGUCCUUCUCGGGAGAAGAGUCACACCCGCCAUUUAUCAUCCUGGGCAGGCGCUGGGUGUGGGUCAACCGCCCCGGUCCUCUGCUCCCUCAGGCAGGGCACCUGCUCCCCCUUCCUCCUGGAGAACACCAGCAGAUACCUCUAUGUGCCUCCAUUCACGCAGGGGCUCGCACCCCGCACCCCACGGGGAGUGACUCUUGAGCACACACCCUGCAGCCUGGGGCCAGGAGGUGGACACAGAAGAGCCCUUCUGAAUGAUUACGGCCCUUUCUCUGAAGGCACACCCACCCCUUCCUUAGGUUGGUGUGCCUGCGUAAGUUCCCCUCCCCCUGCUUCCCCAAGAGAGGAAAUAAAAGCCACCUUCACCCCAGGGCCAAGAGUUGGCCCCUGUCUGAGGUCUUUUCAACUCCAUAUGGAUAAUUAACACCAACUGCUAAUUUGCACAGUGCAUGUAAAGCACUUUCCUAUAUACCAUCUCAUUUGAUUCUCAUGCUGAUCCUGUGACCUAAGCAGGGCAAGUGUCAUCCUCAUUUUACAUCUCAGAAGACCAGCUCAGAAGUUAAAAUCGCACACUAGUAAAGAGACAUGGGAUGGGACGGACCAGGUUUGAACUGUGCUACUCUCCGUCUCUUGUUUUUCAGUGGUGGGUGCCACCUCUUUUCUGGGCCUCAUUUCCUCAAGCCGGGCAAGUGACCUGUCACCUUCACUUUGUGCUCCAUUCCCUGCAGGAGUCAAAGGGAAGAACCUGAGCCUUGGCCAACAUAGAACCUCUUUGAUCCAUGUACCCCUGGUGUUUGUUGACUGAUCCUUUGUGUGGGCUCUCAUGAAGGAUACAAACAUGAAACGAGCUCAUUUCCUUGACCGUUUCAUUGAAACACAUGAUAUACCCAUAAGAGAAGUCACACACAAAAAAAUUGUGUAGG